AUGUUGGAGUAUGAUGCAUGGUUUGCUAGACAUAGGCCGAUUCCACUUACUGAUCCUGCUAUUUUGAUUAUAGCACAACAAAUUCGCCAUCCUAGACAACGCUUGAGGAUAGACACGGGGGAGAGAGUCAGAGGAGGAGAGGAGGGUGGAGCCGAGGAAGGAGGUGAGGGAGAGGAUGAGAUAGGAGAUGAGGGAGGUGGAGAAACAGAUGUAGACAUUGGUGGAGACACAAAGUCUAUCAGUAGUGGGGAUAGCGAUGAUUCUUCAGAGUCAUCGAGCAGCAAGGAUGGAGACGAUGAUGAUGAUAUGCUAGAGUUAGAGGACGUGCCUGCUGUAGAGGGUGGGAGAGGACAGGUGGGCGAUGAGGACAAUCUGCAGGUUCUUAGAGCGUGGAUCCAGAGUUUGGAGGAGGAGGUCCCUAGACGAGAUGUUGAGCGGGAGGCCUACCAUGCAGAUUACGGUGCGCUUGAGGCUAAGAGGGAUCAUCUCCAGAGGGAGAGAGAUGAGCCAGUCUGA